UGGAUGUUGAGAAAUAAUAUGAAGAAUCGAAGCCAGUCCAGUCACGGAGUGACGAACUUAUUUGCAAUUGCACUAGGCUGGUCCUGGCUCAUUGCAGUACCUUAGACAUAGAUUCCAAUAGGUCCAUGAAGAGUCUACUUGCAUGAGAUUGAUGCGUUUAGUGUCAAUUCCAUAUGUGGCGGCUGAUUAACAACCAGCUUUUCUUUCUCUUCAACACUCUUUUCUUCUGAAGAUCUUUGAUCGGCUUUCCAUCUUUUGGGAUAUCGUACGAAUCGGUUACAGGAUGGACGCGUACGACCCUACUACCAAGACAGUAAAUCCUUGUGAGGAUGAGGAUUGGUCGGGAGCUGUGACCGACGGCCUCCUCGGUUCUUCCAAAACACAGAUUAUUCACCGUGAAGGGAAUUCCUGGUUGUGCGGAAAGCAUGCCUUCAAAAUCCACGCAGCAUUGUUUAUUUUCUACAUAGCAACGGUUGCUGGGUUAUCAGUUGCGCUUGGGCAUGCUUGGAAAAGAAUUGAUCGCCAAAUUCUAUAUUCCCCGGCGAACGAGGCAAUCGACUGGAGCGUUCAGGAAUUUAAAUCUGGAAACGGCCUACAUGGCGAUUUCAUCGGGCCGCCGAGGCCGGAUUUGGAGAAGGCUUGGGCCGAGUUAUUAGGUCCGAUGAAUGUCAGGUUGGGGUUGAAUGAUGUCAAGGCAUUCGGUCGCGAGCAGACCGCCGUAGCAUUAUCAGACGGCUCUGGCUAUGCAGGAUCACUGAAUGUAUAUCACGAGCUACACUGCGUAAGAUGGUUGCACAAGUUUGUUUAUCAUGAAGAAUACUGGCCAAACGCAAGUAGCGUACUUAGAGAGAAGAACAGAUCGCACAGUAAUCACUGCCUUAAUACACUGCGGAAAUUUGCAAUGUGUCAUGGUGACGUGGGAUUAGUAAUCUAUAGUUGGCAGCCCGACACCCUUAAACCAGGAGCGAAUGGAACAUCGCACCAAUGUGUUAAUUGGCCUAAACUCUCAAGCUGGGCUGAAGAGAAAGCAUUUGAUAUGUAUAAGCCUGGCCUGAUCAUUCACCCGAAACUGGGACCGGUUUAUAACCAGUAUGGUCAAACGAAUGAUCUCAACAUCAUACAUGAACCAGAAUGAGAUUGAUCUAUGGAGUUCCGGGGAAUUAUACGGCAACUACCACAGAGCUCCAGGUAUUAAUUACACGCGAUGAGCUUUUCUACGAUGUCUCAUAUGCUCAGUUCAGUUGUCCUGUGCCCAUAUGAAGACUUGCUGAAACUGGGGCUACUGAGUCCUCAUUAUUUCGAGGCCCAUUGGUGGACUCAGGCGUUAAGAGGCAUGACUCAAGUUGUAUCUAGAGUAAGAUUCACCUGCAACACCGGACGAUCCAAUCGGAUCUUGUGGGACUUUGGCAGUUAUAGAAGAUUAUUAUUGAAAUGAAGUUAUAUUACGAGCCUUGGAUCCUAGGCCUUGUUAUCCCAUGCCAGGGGCACUUCAGGGAGUGUCUCAUUCUCUCUUCCAGAUAACAUAGGCAGUAUUAGGGGUAAUAAGAUAACAAUUUAGAAUGAAUCAUACACUUGAGG